UCAUGAAACACUAAAGACACACAGAACUAGGACAAAGAAACACAGGUAUAGGAAAUACAAAAUAAAAACUAAGCUCGGAAACAAGAACUGAAAAUAGAAACUACAUAAGACCAAAUCACGACACACCAUAUCGUGUUUGUUUUGCAAAAGCAGAAGAAGCAACGACACAUAUUGAAAAGUAGCCCACAUGGGUUUACAUGGUAUUACUAAGCUACACUAAUAUAUAACAGCAGGUUUAUUUUAUUGUUUUGCUGAAAGCGUCAUGACAGAGAAGUAGAGAGGGAAAGCACGCACUUGAGAUGAUAAAAACCUGACAUCUUGUGCUUUAAUAGCGGGUUGGUAGACCUCUGCUCCUCCCUCAGAGAACAACGCCUCCCGAGACGCUUAUAUAAGCCUUUCACGAAACGGUCCCAUCCCACGUCCUCAAAGGUUUAACACCAAACGCAUCAUUUGAGACUUUCGUUAUUGCAGCUUUCUUCAUUUGCUGACCAUGCGUCUGAACGGACCGCUGAGCAUACUGAGAGCAGCCCUAUUGGUUCUGCUGGCUGGCCACCACCGAUGUGUCUCAGGCAGUUAUACCCCUCCAGAGGCUCUCGAGAACAAUGGCACCAUGUUUGCAGUCUGUAAAGUGAGACCCAGCAGCUCUCUACCUAGUGGACUGCUCAAAGUGACCGGCCAAGUGCUGUUCAGACAGGACGAGCACGAAGCACUUGAAGUCCUGCUUCGGUUCAAUGGCCUCCCCAAAGAGGGCGCUCAGGAUGCCAGAGCGGUACACAUCCAUCAGUAUGGAGACCUGAGCCAUGGCUGCGACUCCACCGGAGGCCACUACAACCCAGAAGUAGUGUACCACCCCAACCACCCCGGAGACUUCGGUAACUUUGUGCCCCAGCAAGGUAAAAUCAACGCAGUAAUCAAAUCCCAGGCGUCGCUGUUUGGAGAUCAGUCUGUGAUUGGAAGAGCCGUGGUGAUCCACGAGAAGAUCGACGACAUGGGGCGUGGCGGAGACACUGGGAGUCUGCUGCAUGGAAACGCAGGCCGGAGGCUCGGCUGCUGUAUUAUUGGGAUCUCCUCCUCCACUCUGUGGAACAUGCAUCAUAAGCAGUACACCAGGAGGCUGAGGAAAAAUUGAUCCUGCAAGUCGACUAACCAGUUUAAUCACUCAUUGUAUCCUUUGUAUUCUGUGUGAAUCAAAGGCAAAUCAAAUCUCCAAACAUUUUGAGUUUAAAUACCUUUUUUAAAAUAGAAUAAUCAUUUGCAUAUAUCUUUUAGCAGAUAGUUGGUUAGAAGGUCCAUAAGUUUGGUUCAGACUAUGUUACUAAACUAUUGGGUAGACGGCCAUGAACUUUAGUGCAGCUGAUUGGGGGGGUCCUAGCGCUUAUACUUCCAAUUCUGCUGAUUUUCUUAAUCUCUUUUUUUUUUACCCCCAUUUAGUCAAGAGUAAAACAUCCUUAAUGACAAAAUUCUGCCAAAAUAUAAUCAGCCUCAGCUUCAUGUCGUCAUUAUCCUUGCACAAUGCACGCAUGCUGAUGUUAGCAUUUAGCUGAGGAAACCUUCAUUGUAUAAAAAUGUUGAGCUC